AUGGAAAAGUUUUCACAUGAACCUCAAUGUGCAAAAGACAUAAAAUUUGAUGCAAGUCAAUAUGAGUUCUUUGGGAAAAAUGUGGUGGAUUACGAGCUAGGCGGAUUCGAGGAAGCUGUGGAUAAUGCUUCUGCUGAGAAGGCUCAAGAUCAUCAAGAUCUCCAAUCAUCUGGAAAACAGAAGGUUAAAGAAGUUGCAUCCUCCUCAUUCUAUAUUAAUGAUCUUGCAAUUUCUUUCACAAGGUUGAACAGGAUUAGUGAACCAAGAAGAGAUGAGAAGAGAGUCCCUUCUUCUACCAUGGAAAUGAGAGGAUUCGGCAACAAUAGGAGAAGGAGAGGAACAGUGAAAUGGUAUAACAAUCAAAGAGGGUAUGGAUUUAUAACACCAAAUGAUGGUGGGGCAGAUGUAUUUGUGCACUACUCAUCUCUGAAGUCUGAUGGGUGCAUACACCUGUCCCCUGGCACAUUAGUGGAGUAUGAAAGUGUUCUAAGUGCUUCUGAUGCCAAAAUGCAAGCAAUUAAUGUGACCGCUCCAGGCGGAAGAUUGCUUCAAGACAGUAGAAAAGCUGGUCUUGGAGAGGCAACCACCACCAGCAGCAAUGCUGUUGGUCCUUGUUUCAAUUGUGGGGAAUGGGGUCACAUAGCCAAGAAUUGCUCCAUUGUUGCACAAGGUCAUCAAGGUGGCAGUGUAUGGUUCGGUUUUGCUUCUUGUUGUUACUGUGGAAAAAUGGGUCAUCUAGCUAAUAAUUGUCCUUAUUAAAAAUUGACGUAAG